AGGUUAAGUGUUUGUUUUGAUGAAAUUUGUUGUGAUAUGGCACCAGGCACCUAAUGCCAAGCAUACAGUCGAAGAUUUUUAGAAUAUUCUUUAAAAAUUCAUUCCCUUUCACAUUAUUUUGAAGUUUGUAAUAUAAGGAUGGACAGCCUUUUACUUGAGCCCACUUUAUAUACCAUCAAAGGUAUGGCAAUUUUGGACAAUGAUGGGAACCGGAUACUUGCAAAAUAUUAUAAUCCAUCCACAUUCCCAACUGCAAAAGAACAGAGGGCUUUUGAAAAAAAUCUCUUCAAUAAGACCCACCGUGCAAAUGCAGAAAUUAUUAUGUUAGAUGGUUUGACUUGUGUGUACAAAAGCAACGUUGAUCUCUUCUUCUAUGUGAUGGGCUCAUCACAUGAAAAUGAACUCAUAUUGAUGAGUGUGCUGCAGUGUCUCUUUGACUCAGUUAACCAGAUUUUGAGGAAGAACGUAGAAAAAAGGAAUGUAAUGGAAAAUCUAGAUAUAGUAAUGCUAGCCAUGGAUGAAAUAUGUGAUGGAGGAAUUAUUUUAGAAGCAGAUCCUAUAUCUGUAAUGCAAAGAGUAGCAGUAAGGACUGAUGAUAUUCCUCUUGGAGAACAGACGGUUGCUCAGGUGUUUCAAACUGCAAAAGAACAGCUCAAGUGGUCUCUACUAAAAUAGCUUUCCAAAAGUACAGAUAAGAUUAAAAAUCUCAUAUUGUACAGUUUUUACAUCCCAUUUAUAUUGUUUUUUUUAAAUCUAUUAUAUUUACUUGUUAUGUUGUCUAAAAAUAUUUGUGUGGUUAAGUAAAAAAAAAAAUGAAAUAAACAAGCAGAUAUAUUUUUA